CUCAACUUUAGAGGCAAAUCUGAACAAAAUGGGUGACAAGGAUCAACUUAUAUCAGAUGAGCCCGUGGAAGAGGGUGUCGCCCGAUCCCUGCCCAAGAAAAGUGGCAAGAAGCAAAAAGGAUACUCUCAGGUACCCUGGUACUUUGCCAGUGGCAUUGUCCUUUUCUGGGCAUUGCUCUUCCUGGCGGUAGUGAAGCCCCUAUUCUAUCGCCUUCCACAACCCCUUACCGUCGAGGAUGCCACCUCCAAGGGUGUCUUCAUCGCAGAACGUGCCCAAGCCAAUCUCUAUGACUUUGAGGCCAUCGGCACCAAGGUGGUCGGAAGCGAAGGAAAUGAGAUCAAGACCGUUCAGUUUCUGCUUAAGGAAUUGAAUCUGAUUAAGGCAAACAUGCAGGAGGAUCUCUUCGACAUGGAAAUCGAUCUGCAGUAUGCCUACGGUGCCUAUGUCAAGUGGAAUCUGGUCAAUAUGUACCAGGGUAUCCAGAACAUUGUGGUCAAGCUCACGCCCAAGGGGAGCACCAGCGAGAACUACAUUCUGGUGAACAGUCACUUCGAUUCCCAGCCCACCAGCCCCUCCACCGGCGAUGAUGGUCACAUGGUCGUCUCUAUCCUGGAGGUGCUUCGCGUACUCUCCUCUACACGGCAGACCUUUGAGCACACCAUUAUCUUCCUGAUCAACGGAUCCGAGGAGAACUCACUGCAGGCCUCGCACGGCUUUAUUGCCCACCACAAGUGGGCCAAGAAUUGCAAGGUCGUAAUCAAUCUAGAUGCAGCUGGCAGUGGUGGUCGAGAACUUAUGUUCCAGUCGGGACCCAACCACCCAUGGCUCGUCCAAGUUUACAAGAAGGGUGCCGCGCACUACUUCUCCACCACCAUGGCCGAGGAAAUUUUCCAAACUGGUCUUGUGCCCUCAUACACGGAUUUCGAUAUUUUUGCGGAGUAUGGAAAUAUGAUUGGUCUGGAUAUUGGUCAGUGUAUCAAUGGCUUUGUCUAUCAUACCAAAUACGAUCGCAUUGAUGUGAUUCCCCGGGCUGCUCUCCAGAAUACAGGCGACAACCUCCUCGGCCUGGUUCGCACCCUGUCCAAUGCCACCGAGAUGCGUGAUCCCACCGGCAAUGCCGGCGGUAACGUCGUCUUCUUUGAUGUCCUGGGACUGUACUUCGUCAGCUAUUCGGCCGAGAAUGGAGUUAAGCUGAACUAUGCCGUGGCUGGACUCACCAUUAUCCUGGUCUAUGUCUCUCUCUUGCGCAUUGCGUCCAAAUCGAACGUGUCCUCCGGCCAGGUCCUGGGGUGGUUCAUCCUGGUCCUGGUCUUCCAACUGGUGGCCUUCGUCCUUGGACUGGUUCUUCCGCUUGCUGUGGCCUAUGGACUGGACAUGUAUGGCUUCUCGCUCAGCUACUUCUCUACUCCGUCGCUCAUGGUGGGUCUCUUCGUGUGUCCAAGUCUCCUGGGAUUGACUCUGCCCAGCUACAUUUAUCUGAAGCUUCAGAAUAACGAAAAGGUUCCUUUUGCUCAACAAGUUCAAUUGGCUCUCCACGGACACGCCGUUGUCCUGGCUGCCCUGGGCAUUGGCUUGACUGUCUAUGGUCUGAGGACGACCUACCUCAUCACAUGGACCCUGGUCUUUUACAUUAUUCCCCUGGCCUUCAAUCUGCUAACCACUCUGCAUGAUCGCGGCUUCUCGUGGACAGGCAUCCUGAAGAUCAUCCAAGUGGCUCCCUUCCUGUAUAAUAGCUACCUCAUCUACUGCUUUAUUGUCAUUCUAACCCCAAUGAUGGGUCGCUUUGGAGUCGACACCAAUCCCGACUUGAUUAUUGGUUUCCUGUGCGCCCUGGGCACCAUCUUAUCCAUGGGAUUCCUGAUUUUAUUGAUUAACACUACCCGUAAAUCCGGCUUCAUCCUGCUGGGUCUGUUGGCCGUAACAGUUGCCACAGUGUAUGUGGCCAGUUCCACCAAUAUAGGAUUCCCCUACCGUCCCAAGACCAAUGUCCAGAGAGUUCCCUACUUGCAAGUGCGUCGCGUGUUCUACGAAUACGAUGGAACCGUCAGCAAGGAUGAGUCCGGUUACCUAUUCAACUUCCAGGAUCGUCGAGGAUAUGCUCCCCUGGUGGCAUCCGGUGUCGAUCUCACUGGAAUGGUGAACAUGACCUCCGACUGUGACAAUUACAUGAUGUGCGGAAUGCCCCUAUACGAUCACCGCUGGGUGGAGGCCAUGGACACCCUUAUGUGGCUGCCGCGAAAGACCCCCGUAUGGACGCCAGCGGAACCCAUUUUGGAGUUACUGGGCAAGAACCUGCUGGAGAAUGGCAAGACCAUUCGCUUCGUGUUCAACCUGACCUGCACAGAUCACACCAGCAUUUUCAUCCAACCCAAGACGGAUGUGACCAUCAGCAACUGGUCGUUCGUGGAGCACUACACGACCACCUACAAGCCUCCGUAUCACAUAUAUUUCUCGUUCGGCAUCGAUGAUACUCCGCUGUACUUCUCCAUCGAUAUAGAGAAACCCGAUCUCGAUUACGAUGUGCCUCUCUAUGAAAUCGGCAUCUCGGCCCAGUACAUGCAUGUAGAUGGCGAUAAGGAAGCUAUUGAUUUUGCCAAUACUUUCCCUGCCUAUGCCGCGACUAUUCAGUGGCCAGCUAUAUAUAAAAAAUAUGAAUUUUAA